AUGGCCUUGAUUAAGAAAAGAGAGGACAACAUUAACAACAGAGAACCAUCUCCAAAGCACAAUUGGCGGCUUGAAAUUGUCAUUGGUAUUUCGGCAGGUGGGACUGCAAUUAUAGUAAUCAUUUUUUUGAUUAUCUGCACCCUAAGGAGAAAACAUUUAUCAAGUAAUGCAAUUGUCUGCUGGAAGAAACAUGCAAGAAAAGAUCAGGAUGCUGAGGAAAUCAUUAAAAAUUAUGGAUCUCUAGCCCCAAAGCGAUACACUUAUUCAGAUGUGAAGAAACUUACCAACUCAUUCAAAGAUAAAAUAGGACAAGGAGGAUAUGGUGCUGUAUACAAAGGGAAGCUACCUGAUGGGCAUAUCGUGGCAGUGAAAGUCCUAACAAAGUCCAAAGGUAAUGGAGAAGAAUUUAUUAACGAGGUGGCUAGCAUUAGCAGAACAUCUCAUGUUAAUAUAGUUACUCUAUUGGGUUUCUGCCAUGAGAGGACUAAAAGAGCUCUAAUCUAUGAAUUCAUGCCCAAAGGAUCUCUUGAUACAUACAUAUACAAUCAAAGAUUGCCAGAUAUAAAUUGCCACUUAGAAUGGAAUACAAUACACCAAAUUGCAAUUGGCAUUGCUCGAGGACUAGAGUACUUACAUCGUGGUUGUAGCACGAGGAUUCUACAUUUUGACAUAAAACCUCACAAUAUACUUUUGGAUGAAGAUUUUUGUCCCAAAAUAUCAGAUUUUGGUCUUGCUAAACUCUGCCAAAGAAAAGAGAGUAUUGUGUCCAUGACGGGUGUGAGAGGAACUGCAGGAUAUAUGGCCCCAGAAGUAUUUAGUCGAAAUUUUGGAGGAGUUUCUCAUAAAUCUGAUGUCUAUAGCUAUGGAAUGUUGGUUUUUGAAAUGGUUGGAGGAAGAAAAAAUUUCGAUGCUGGUGUUUCUCAUACCAGUGAAAUAUAUUUUCCACAUUGGAUUUAUAAAAAACUUGAACUAAAAGAAAAUGUUAGUAUUUGCGAGGAAAUGUCAGAGCAAGAAGAAGAGACAACAAAGAAGAUGAUGAUAGUGAGUUUAUGGUGCAUUCAGACUAAUCCUUUGGAUCGGCCAUCCAUGGGCAAGGUCAUAGAGAUGUUAGAAGGUACCCUUCAAUCAUUAGAAUUUCCACCAAAGCCAUUCUUGGAUUCACCAAGAAGAUCACCUCAAGAUUCAUCUAAAAUGUAA